GCGUCUUGAAGUUUGUGGAAAUCACGGUCAACGUCCUGGUGCUGAUUUGCGUGGGCGCUGCCCAAGCCUCCGUCGCAGGCUUCACCUCCCUCGGCGGCUUCGGCACCGGAUCCUUUAGCCUGAAUUCAGCCUAUAUCCCCUUCGAGGGCACGGAGCUCCAGCAGGUGCGGGAGCUAGACAUGCAGUUCACCCAGAUGAGAGCCCCUUGCGUGUACGGCGGCGUGGCCUUCAGCAUCACGGCGGCGGCGCUCACCCUUGUCUUCCUCGUGGUGGGGGCAAAACCCAUCCAGCAGCUCAGGAUGGGACUGCUGGUGGGCGAGUGUGCCUUCAACCUGCUGGCCGGCACGGCGUACGUCGCGGCGGUCGGCCUCUACCUGCACUUCGUCAGCCGGGUGAACGCCACCGACGUGUGCAAGAGGCGCGAGAGGCUGUACGCGCGCCGCGGCUACACCUCCGUGAACUGCGCCGUCCAGGGCGGCGACGCCGCCGUCGGCCUUUUUGGCGUCGCUGCCGCCUGUCUGUACUUUGCCAGCUUCGUGGUCUGCGUCUUCGCUAUCCGAACCGUCCGGAGCCGCGCGGCCAAGGCUCAGCACAGCUCCGAAAGCAGCGUUGGAGACAGAAGCGUCGGAAACCAUCGCGCUCUUCACAGGAGUUCGGAAACCUCCCGCCAUGUCCAGGCUCUUGCCACCUUAGUGUGA